AUGGGUCUCGAGAGUAUACAUCCUUGUACACGAGCCCCAGCUGACCCCAGUCUCUGGGACCGCUUGUGUAGCCACUUUUUCAUGAGGCCGCCUGAAGAUGAUGAGCCUCAGUCGUGGUGGAUUGCCUCGACGGCCAUUCCGCUAGUGGCUGCAGCCGCCGGUCCGCUGGCCAAUGUCAUGUCGAUCGUUGCACUAGUGAUGCCGUGGAGGAGCACGAUCAUCUCCAGAAUAGAUGGGAAAGCUGGAAAUUGGAUGCAGGAAGGCUAUCCUGAUCCCCAUUGGUGA